AUGGCACCAGUGGGACGAGGGGAGAGAUGGACCAGUGGGACGAGGGGAGAGAUGGACAGUGGGACGGGGGGAGAGAUGGACCAGUGGGACGAGGGGAGAGAUGGACAGUGGGACGAGGGAGAGAUGGACCAGUGGGACGAGGGGAGAGAUGGACCAGUGGGGAGGGGGAGAGAUGGACGCAUGUGGACGAGGGGAACUGGACCAGGGGACGAGGUGGAGAGAUGGACCAGUGCGGACGAGGGGAAGAGAUGGACCAGUGGGAACGAGGGGGAGAGAUGGACCAGUGGGACGAGGGAGAGAUGGACCAGUGGGAGAGGGAGAGAUGGCAUGGGACGAGGGGAGAGAUGGACCAGUGGGACGAGGGGAGAGAUGGACCAGUGGGACGAGGGGAGAGAUGGGACGCAGUGGGACGAGGUGGAGGAGAUGGACCAGUGGGACGAGGGGAGAGAUGGACCAGUGGGACGAGGGGAGCGAUGGACCAGUGGGACGAGGGGAGAGAUGGACAGUGGGACGAGGGAGAGAUGGACCAGUGGGACGAGGGGAGAGAUGGACCAGUGGAGAGGGGAGAGAUGGACCAGUGGGACGAGGGGAGAGAUGGACAGUGGGACGAGGGGAGAGAUGGACCAGUGGACGAGGGGAGAAGAUGACAGUGGGACGAGGGGAGAGAUGGCAGUGGGACGAGGGGAGACAUGGACAGUGGAACGAGGGGAGAGAUGGACAGUGGGACGGAGGGGAGAGAUGGACAGUGGGACGAGGGGAGAGAGAUGGGACAGUGGGGAGAGCGUAGGGGAGAGAUGGACCAGUGGGACGAGGGGAGAGAUGGACCAGUGGGACGAGGGGAGAGAUGGACCAGUGGGACGAGGGGAGAGAUGGACCAGUGGACGAGGGGAGACAUGGACCAGUGGGACGAGGUGGGAGAUGGACCAGUGGACGAGGGGGAGAGAUGGACAGUGGGAACGAGGGGGAGAGAUGGACCAUGGGACGAGGGGAGAGAUGGGACCAGUGGGACGAGGGGAGAGAUGGACCAGUGGGACGAGGGGAGAGAUGGACCAGUGGGACGAGGGGGGAGAAGAUGGAUCCAGUGGGGACGAGGGGGAGACUGGACCAGUGGGACGAGGGGGAGAGAUGGACUUGUGGGAGAGGGGGAGAGAUGGACCAGUGGGACGGUCUGUGUCGUCCCCCACGCCAAAAUCUGAACCAUUAGCCGGUUAA